UCCGCCUAGGGCUCGGUUUCCGGCCUCCCAAUCAGUGCACCACCCUUCUCGCUUCACGUCUCCGGUGGGGAUGGACCUGGCCGAAGCUGCUCGCGUGAGCGAGACCGUGGCAGAGAAGGUGCUCCAGUACCGGCGAGACGCCUCGGGCUGGAAGAUUUGCCGGGAGAGCAAUGGAGUGUCAGUUUCCUGGAGGCCAUCUGUGGAGUUUCCAGGGAACCUGUAUCGAGGAGAAGGGAUUCUGUGUGCGACACCAGAGGAAGUAUGGGACUGUGUAAAGCCAGCUGCUGGGGGCCUUCGAGAGAAGUGGGAUGAGAACGUGACCAGUUUUGAAAUAAUCCAAAGCAUCACGGAUACACUCUGCAUAAGCAGAACCUCCACCCCCUCAGCUGCCAUGAAGCUCAUUUCUCCCAGGGACUUUGUGGACUUGGUGCUAGUCAAGAGAUAUGAGGAUGGGACCAUCAGUUCCAAUGCUACCCAUGUGGAACAUCCACUAUGCCCCCCGAAGCCAGGUUUUGUGAGAGGAUUCAACCAUCCUUGUGGUUGCUUCUGUGAACCUCUGCCAGGAGAGCCCAACAAGACCAACCUGGUCACAUUCUUCCAGACUGACCUCAGCGGUUACCUCCCACAGAGUGUAGUGGACUCCUUCUUCCCUCGGAGCAUGACCAGUUUUUAUGCCAACCUUCAGAAAGCAGUGAAGAAAUUCCAUGACUGAUGCCCUCAGUUGUUGGCAAAGAACAUCUGUGACUCAUUGAGGAGCUCCACUUGCUGGAAUACCUCAGAUCUAGGAGAACCCAAGCCUGCUUUUACUCUUGGGCAGUGAGUCUGUAAGAAUGCCAGCCAAGGGUGUUAGCCCUCCCACUCCUACUUCCUCUGUCCUCUUAGGAUUGGCAGGAGAGGAACCAUUCACAUACUUGUAAUUCUACCUGUGAUCCAAACUCACUUGAGGCAAGGUGGACCCAAACUUCUGGCUACCUGACAAGAACUCAGCUCAGCACUGUGUGAUGCACUGUGGUUCCAAUCCUGUAUGUACCUCACUGUCAGAGGCCAUGUCUCCAUGUUUGUCCUAGAGAAUCAUGAUGAACACUGAAACCAAGUCCUCAGUGCGUUUUUUGGAAACCCUCAUACAUGUUUUGACACCAUGUAAGAUUUUCCCCUUAAAAACUUGUCAACUUGGAAAAAUAAUUAUUUUGAACAAUUGAAUAAGCCUUAAGAAAAAAUUCUUUCCAUUUGGAUCAAUACUUUCCGUGGUUCUUCUGUUGGAAUUGGUCUUCUGCCUUCUUUCCUUUGAGUGAGUUAUCAUAUCAUAUCACCAGUAACACCAGGGAGUUUGAAUCUGCCCCAGGCCAAAUCUGCAGUCUUUGAGAUUAGUUUUCUUUGAGAGUGGCUCUAAAUGAAGUAAACUUCUCCUGUCUGUGAGCAGAACUCUGGAGAUAAGCAUCUCCUUCCCUAGGAUAUCUACCUCUUCUUUCCCUCUAUUAAGAAGGCCAAAGCUGGAGUGCUCUGGCCUCCAGGGCCCCAUCAGGCCACACUGCUACCGAGAAGGAGGGCAGAGCAGGCUUCCCUCUAGCAUCCCUGGCUGGAAUCUUUCCUCUAAGAGUCUGCUACUGGACUGUACAACCCUGCAGUGUCCAUACCCACCUGUACAUCUUCAGAGCCAGGGAGCACAGCUAUAUCACCUAGAAGAGACUCAACAGGAAGUCAACACACAACUUCUUUUACCUGUUGCAGUCAAGGCUUCACAGCCUUGAAAACAUUCCUUUGAAACCUUGUCUGGCUUCCACCUUUGUAAGGAAGACCCCUCCUGUGUCUCAUCAGAGGCCCUUCAUGUGGCCGCUUCUGUUACUAUUGCCCAUGCAGGAAAUUUCCAUGGCAUUCCACCUUUGCUACUCCAAACAUAAGUCACUAACUCUUGGAUGACCAGUCACUUAAGGACUUGUCUCUGGCCCAUAUGAUAUUCUGUGCUGACCCUACAUGAAUCAGUUGGCAUCAGGUUAAACUGGUUUGAGCCCAGAAGACUCAGAACAAUUGUUACAGAAAACAUCACCAUGCCACAUGAUGAGAUUGUGCAGGCCCAGGGAGUGUGCCCAGCCCUGGGCAGGCCCACAGGAAGACCCGGGGGAGAAAGUAGGUCUGCUUUGACUUUCUAAUGUAUGGAGGCAUACUGCUUCUUGAAUUUUGACAAAGUGAGAUAAUGUGUUAACCAGUAAAAUGCCAUACAAAGCAAAGAACUAGGACUGCCAGGGAGGGGCCCUUGAGAGGAUUCCUUCUCAUGGAGAGUACUAGGUCCAGGAUUAUUAACUGUAAUGUCUGCAGUGUUGGAGAGUAACUGGAAAUAUUGUUUCUAAGCCACUGUUUUCCAAGCCUCUGUCAGCUUCAAAGAAGUUGGCCAAGGACAGUGAAACCUCAUAAUGAAAUCCUCACGCGAUGGAACUCAGAUGGGUGAGAUUUAGUUUCAGGGCCCUCUUGCCUAUAACUGCCCUGAAUUCUCUUGACUUGGAGACCAGGAACCUGAGCAAGAGAAGGGGACCUUCUAAAAGAGGGCAGAGACGGGAGGAGUACUGGGAGAGCCAUGAACUCACCAUAUUCAUGCUCUUGUCCUCAGACAACCUCUUCCUACCCACCUGCUUGCUUUGCCCCAUUUCCCAAGGAGUCUAGGAUCACAGGCCCAUAAUAGCUCCAUGCUCCUACCUUUCCCCACCUUCCUUUCUCUUUCCCUGGGCUGGUCCCACUAUCACUUGGCUGCUUGAGAAGACUCAGAACAAUUCCCUGUCACAUGCGUGCCCAGAUGAUGAGAUUGUGCAGGCAGGGAGUGUGGCCUCAUUGCCCGGCCCUGGGCAGGCACACAGUAAGACCCUGGGGAGUGGGCAUUGUAUUGAGUUACACUUUCAUCAAGUUUGCCUCCAGUGUUCCUAUUAAAUCUAAAAACUGA